AAUAAAUAGAUAUAGAAAAAUUAAAGAAAAAUGAAAAAAGUGAAAAUGUAAAAAAAGAAAAUUCAAAUAGAUCAGGUCAACUAGUUGACCAGAUUUAGAUGGGUUUGACCGACUUGAGUGGAUUUGGCUGGACUUGAGUAACUUUUUACUGAGUUUCACCUGAAACUAGUUAAAUUACACGUAAAAUUAUAUAAAAAAGUCAUCUUUAAAUCACUUUCCCCUUUUUUUUUUUGUUUAAAGUUUUUAAGAUUUUGAUGGGACCCAAAAAUCACUCCGCAUCAACGUCUAGAACAAAUGAAAAAGAAGGGAACAAAUGGAGUCUAUACAACCAUUUGGGUUGUUAGUGCCAUUAGUUAUAAAGAGUUUAUUUGCACCAAUCAAGGAGUUAGAGGGCUUUUUGCAUCAUUUUUAGUUUUAGGGCAUAAAUGCUAAUUUGGAGGGGUAAGUUAGGGGGCUUAGAAAGGCUUUUUGCCAAACUACAAUCUCGAUCAUCGGUUGUUCAUAUCAUGGUUUGUUGUAAGUUUAGGUCUGUGCCCGUGAUUUCCUAUUUCCACCUUCUUCUGUUAUCGAAGAACUAUCAGAAAUUACCUUAGAUUGCUUACUGUAGUCUUUGCGUCUUUAGGAAAUUGCCCAUCCUAUUUCCAUGAUUUGCUGGGUCUUCUUUUGCUUUCUGUAAAAUUAGCCGAGCAAAUUUGCUAGGUUAGUUUUCAACUGCAGAAAAUUAUCCACUAGACGUUCACCUAUUUCAUGUAGCUUCCUUUUAGUUGCAUUUUUGUGAGAAUAGUUCCUCUUACUCUCAUUUGACUGAAAUGGAAAAUGGAAGAGAGUACAUCAACACUUUAGUCAAGAAUAAAUCUAUUCAAUUUGCCGGAAGUGAGAAGGUUGCGCAAUCCUCGUCUAAGAAUUCCAAGAGCUCCAAGUUGCUGGAGAAUGGGAAAUAGAGUAGAGGUCAUGCAUGCGAAGGUAGGGAUUCCUUGAAGUGAAAAUCGAACAAGAGAAAAGGAAAUCGUCAGAGAUGGGGGUUUGAUUUCAGGUAUAUUUUUCAUCCCCAAUCCGUUGUUGAGUAAGAGAAUCGUAUGAUUUCACUCAAUUUCUCCCAAUCUGUUGAAGUAUAUAUAAGUUGAGAUUUGUAACAUUCAGGGCUUUCUGAUUGCUGAUGAUUUUAGAUUUACUUUGUAAUUGGCACUUUGAUAUUAUAGUUACCUGCUAUGUUUGAAUAUCAAACUUGGUUCCUAUUUAUGUACCUAGAUUGUUUGGGUUUAACUUGAAAAAUCUUAGGCUAAUAGAGAAUGAUUAGUGUU